UACCGACACAUAAAGCAACUACUGUGACACCUCAACACACCGCCAUACCGACACAUAAAGCAACCACUGUGACACCUCAACACACCACCAUACCGACACAUAAAGCAACCACCAUGACACCUCAACACACCAUCAUAUCGACAUCUAAAGCAACUACUGUGACACCUCAACACACCACCAUACCGACACAUAAAGCAACCACUGUGACACCUCAACACACCACCAUACCAACACCUAAAGCAACUACUGUGACACUUCAACACACCACCAUACCGACACAUAAAGCAACCACUGUGACACCUCAACAAACCACCAUACCAACACAUAAAGCAACCACUGUGACACCUCAACACACCACGAUACCCACACCUAAAGCAACUACUGUGACACCUCAACACACCACCAUACCAACACAUAGAGCAACCACUGUGACACCUCAACACACCACCAUACCGACACAUAAAGCAACCACUCUGACACCUCAACACACCACCAUACUGACACAUAAAGCAACCACUGUGACACCACAACACUCUACCAUGCCUGUGGUAGAAACUACUACAACAACAGAAACAGCAACCACACCACCACAUACUACAAAUAAACAUACAACACCACGACUGACAACUGUAAUUAAUGGCAGCACAAAGCAACAUGAAGCUGCAACACCAGCACUGACAACAUCACAACAGACUGCUUCUACAAAGCGGACAAUACCACAUGGUGGCGGUGACACAACAGUACAAACUGCUGAGGGACAGGUAACCAGCAUUACAGCAACUCCAGAAAAAAUAAAAACAGUGUCGUAUUCCAGUAUAGAAGUGACACUGACCCAAUCCAAAGAAACGACAGCUAUCGGAUCCACCACUCCUGAGCAUGGAGGACCAACUACUGUUGUCAUAGAAACUACUUCUGUAAAUGGACACACUGAACCAUCAAUUGGACCUCAAUUAACUACUGUUGCCAAGGAAACUACUACUGUAGAUGGACAUACUGAACCACCUGUUGUCACAGAUCCACCCAUAGUUCGGACAACUGAACAUCAGUUAGAGACGACCACUGCACCACCAACAACAAUGACAAAGGAUUUAGGCAUCCAGACAACUACCAAUCAAGUCACCACACAAAGACCAGCACCAACAACUGCACAAGUAACAAUUCCAUCUCGUCGUAGUAGCAUACGAAAAACCACUUCUGUUCUCAUGGAAACAACACAAGGGGUCACUCAGCAUCCUGGAUCUACUGUACCUCCAGCAACCAAUCUAGCCACACAACGAUCUACUACUACACCAAACAAAGAAUUCACAGAUACUGAUCAACCAACCACAAUAUCGCAACAAUCACCAACAAUUCCUAAGGUGCCAACUCAUGCGACUUUCUGGACCUCACCUCGUGCUUCACCACGUGAUGUGACCACACAGAAAUCCAGAGGCUCCACCAAAGAUUUCACUAUGACUGACUUUAUGAUGACAAGACCUAGUCCUGAUUUGUACUGUGAAGCAGCAACAGUCAGGGACAUCUAUUGGCCGGUUACUAUGACAGGGGAUACUGCUAAACAGUUCUGUCCUGAGGGAACAACAGGGAAAAUUGAGAAUAUAUCCAGUGUGAGUGAUGUUGCCAUAGUAACAUCACUUAUGGUCAAUAGCACAGAUCCAGAUCAGGUGAUGUACGGUGGUGACGUGAUUGGAUCAGUAAAUAAUAUAAAUUCAUUAAAUAAAAUCAUCGCUGAACAAUCUGGUAUUGAUGAGGAAUACAUGCUGGAGUUUAUUGACAAGGUUGCCAUGGCUUUGACUGAAGUCGGUAGUAAUCUACUGGAUCAUACAGUCGCUUGGAAUGAUAUACCUGGAGAAAAGAGAGUACAAACAGCCACACAACUGUUGCAGUGUAUGGAUGAAACUGGGUUCCUAUUGGUUAAUUUGAUGAAAGCAGGGCAGAAUAUCAGUGUGGUAAAUGAAAAUAUUUUGAUGGAAGUUUUAGUGAAAGAUAUGAAUGAUACAGACAAAGCAGGAAUCAAGUUUCCAUUCAAGGGUGAUCUUGUGCAUUCCUCGUCAGCUGAUGAGAAAAUAAAAUCUACAAUUGGAUCCAUUGCUUUGUCUGAAAAAACAUUGCAGGAUAAAAGUGUAAACGGAACUGUUAAGUUAGUGUUUUUCAUGUAUAGUACCAUGGGUGAUAUAUUGGGUACUGGCAGUGACAUUGGAAAUGAGAAUGAUACUGCUGACAGUAUUGUGAAUUCUCCGAUUAUAUCGGCUUCUAUUAACAAAAUGAACUCACCGUCGUAUCUCUCUGAACCAGCAGUUCUUGUUUUUGAGCACAAACAGACUUACAAUGUAACAGAUGCAGUAUGUUCAUAUUGGAAUUUCACCCCAAGUAAUGAUGGAAUAUGGUCAGACUAUGGUUGUGAGACUGUGACAAAUAAUGACACCCAUACCGUAUGUAAAUGUAGUCAUUUAACAAACUUUGCUGUCAUUAUGGAUGUCAGAGGAGUUGCUAUUUCUCCAGAUCACCAUUUUGCUCUGUCAGUUAUUACAUAUGCUGGAUUUAUUGUAUCCAUGGUGUGUCUUCUACUCUGUCUAUUUACAUUCUGCUGUUGUUCAAGCCUCCAGAAUGAUCGCAAUACUAUUCACAAGAAUCUAUGUCUUUGUCUGUUGAUUGCGGAGGUGAUAUUUAUGGCAGGCAUUGAUCAAACUGAUCAGGAGGUUUGGUGUUCUGUCAUAGCAGGAUUCCUGCAUUACUUUUUCCUGGCAGCGUUUGCAUGGAUGAGUUUGGAAGGAAUUCAACUGUAUGUCAUGUUAGUAGAAGUCUUUGAAGCCGAGCAUUCCAGGAGGAGAUACUACUAUCCAUAUGGAUAUGGAGUUCCUGCGGUGAUUGUUGGUGUAUCUGCUGCUGUAUACUACGAUGGAUAUGGAACAGACCAAUAUUGUUGGAUAACCACUGAGCGAGGUUUAAUUUGGGCAUUUGUUGGUCCUGUCUGUGCUGUUAUUUUGGUUAAUAUGAUAUUUUUAGUGAUGGCUGCUGUUAUUAUGUGCAGGCAUUCCGGAUCAGCACCUGGUAAAAAACAGACAGGAACCUGGAUCAAAGCAGCCUGUGUAUUACUUUGUUUACUGGGCAUUACAUGGAUAUUCGGAUUGAUGUAUAUUAAUACACACACUCUAGUCAUGGCUUAUGUAUUCACUAUUGCUAACUCACUGCAGGGUCUUUUUAUAUUUGUAUUUCAUUGCUGUCUGAAUGAAAAGGUGAAGAAAGCAUACCGUAGUUCUAUUCGUGACAGCCACUGCUGUCCUGAAUGCAUACGUGUUCGUUACACUAGUUCCGCAUAUUCUAAUCAAGCCCAUGGCUCAAGUGUGGCUUCUUCAAAAAAGAUAAGAAAAUCAUCUAAUGCAAGCUGUCCAUCAUCAACAGGCAAAAGAAAUUCGUCAUCCGUUACACACAACUUAUUAGGCUCAAAUGGCACACAUAAUUUACACAAUGGUGUUGGUCUUCAGAAUGUACAAGUCAGAGUCAAACUACCAAGGCAAGACAGGGCAACACAGACGGACAACAGAAUUAAAAAACAAAAUAUUAUUGAGAAAAAACUACAAGAAAUUGUUGAUUUAAAAUUUAAAUUGCCACCACUUGAAAUGAAAAGGACAACAAGUGAUUCUUGUUUGGUGAGUCCAACUCCAAAUGUGCAAACUUCAUUUACUUUCGAACAGAGCAUCAGCAAUACAUCUGUUGACAAGUUUCUGUCUGAUGACUCCAAUGUACACAGUAGUAUGCCCAACUUGACAAUUAGAAAGCCUAAAGAAAACAAGACAAAGGAAAGAGAUCUUGCUCAAGUGGAAUGGAAAUUAUCACGAAAUCAAAGUCUUCCUGACCUCUUGGAAUUAGAGGUGAUUAAUCCUGCAAUGACUGGUUACCGGAGAUGUGGAAGUGAGUGCAAUAUCCAUACUGGAAAUAAGGAACGGUAUGAUUUAUCAGGAAGAAGGGAUUCCAGUCUUCCAAUUAAAGUGCUACAUACAAAGAUAGCUGAUAAGAAUGGACAGCCAUGGAGUCGAAUCAGCAUCAGUCCACUGCUGAUAAGAAAAAGCAUUUCUGAUACAAAAAUGAUUGAAGAAACAUCAAUUAAUUUGAACAGCAAUUUGUUUGGCAGCCCUAAUAAGUCAACUGUUGAUGAUGACAACCAGGUCAUGUUAAAAAAAUGGCGAACAGAUGAAGAUAUUGCAGUAUCAGAAACACCUGUAUAUACAUCUCAAGACUCUGAACAAACCCCCGAUGUUGAAGUUAAGGGGAUCCACACAAAUUCAAAAUAUUAUGAGUCAUACCUAUAA